AUGGCUAUUGAAUCAACCAAUAUGUCUCAAAAUGUAUUUAAUAUCAACCGAAAUGCUAUUCAUGGUCAUAAUCAAGUUAAUAAGCACGAUGUCUCGGAGUUCGAUACAAAAGUACUUGUCACAAGGGACCCUUACACUCGGUUGUUUUCGGCAUUUAUCGAUAAAUAUUUUCUACUCGGAAGCCUUGGGAGAUCACUUAUGAAAGCUGUUGGCGCAGGUCCCUAUGAACAUGACGGAAGUACCUGUGGCUAUAAUGUUACCUUUAAUCAGUUUCUGGAUAAAGUCACAGGGACUGCUUUGGCAGGUGGCAAAAUGAACGAACAUUUUAUUCCAGUUUCUGACCUCUGUGAUGUUUGCGGAAUAAAAUACGACAUGUUGAGUAGACAAGAAUCAUUAAACAGAGACAUGCUAUACCUCCUUGAUAAGGUAAACUUGACAGAGACCAAAAGAGCAGCAAUAAAAACAGCUACCAGUCCAAAGGGAAUUAAACAAAAGAUGCAUUCACUCAUUGCCUCGUAUUUGUCAGACUAUACCACUUACCAGAAAGAUUGUCCGUCUCGUGUUUUACACAUGGAGAAGGUCUGGGCUACUCUACAGAUACAAGGACAUGUCAGUAAAGAUGCUUUGUUCCCAAAACAUCUCUUUGAAAACAGUUUUGAUUUCAAAGCCGACAAUAUUACUUCAAUAAUUCUCCGUUAUAUCGAAUCUCAUCCUAUGACAGAUAUCAUGAAAAAGCAACAAAGAGCGAUGUUUGUGCGUCGUGCCUACGAAAACGUAGAUGAUGAAACGAUAAAGAAAAUACAGAUAGUAUUCAUGAGAGAUUUCAUAUUUCUCGGCUAUGACAUAGAACCUCCACACAGAAGAUUAUCAGAGUAA